GGCGGGGAGAACUUGACGGUCAUGCAGCGGCGGUGAUCAUAAGCGAUGAAUAAAGGCGAGCGUAUUGAUAAAGCGCAGAUAACACACGGUCAGUUAUGGCCGUAUGAUGGUUAGAGCUAGGUUCCUUCCGGAGCCAACAGUAAAGAAGAAGAAGCACACUGUCAUGAUCCGUACAUCGCUGAUCGUCACGUGUUGCUAAUCGUGAUUUUUUGUUGCAUCAUUCACGACAUCUGUUUAUUUUUGAGAUUGCGUAAUACGUGUCGCGUUCUCUAGAGGUGUCAACUAGGUGGAGAUCAGACAAGCGCUAUUGUCUCGUUCGCGCGGAUAAAAUAAGCAAUAACUCAAUAAUGGAGAACUACACAUCCAGUGAUUGCAGUGACUCCGGUGACUCCAGUGAUUCGGAUUUUAACUUGAAGACACUGGACUUAUCAUAUCUGUCAAUGGAUAAUGAAGUGCUGGAUAAGGAAUUUCUCAAUACCAAGUGUCCAGAACACAUAGAUGCUCUGUUUUUGACUCAGAAUCGCCUCACAAUUCUUCCUGCUAGCAUCAGCAGAUUUACCGGUCUAAGUUCUCUUGACAUUUCGAAUUGUGGCCUCACCAAGUUGCCAGAUUUUUGGACUGGUUGCCUUUUAACCUGUUUAAUUGCAAGACACAAUAAUUUGACCAAUGAUGGAUUAGUUAAGAGUUUUGAAAAUCUAACUAGUCUGAGAGAACUCAAUCUAAGCGGUAAUAGACUAACGGAAUUUCCUACUCAAGUACUUCAUCUAAGUGUCUUAAGAUACCUUUACCUUGGUGGCAAUCUCAUCAGUGAAAUUACCAAGGACAUCUGGAAGCUGCAAGGGCUACAUGUUUUGUCACUGGGAGAUAACAGAUUGACGGAAGUGCCGUCCACUCUCGGACGAUUGACAACCCUGCAGGCUCUUGUGCUCUUCAACAAUAUGUUAGAGAGCUUACCAAGCUCGAUAGCCAAUUUAACAAACUUGAAGACCUUGGCACUUCACAAUAACAGAUUAAAAACACUGCCUACCGAGAUAAUAACAUUAAAUUGUCUUAUAGAGUUAUCUUUACGAGACAAUCCGCUGGUAGUAAGAUUCGUGUCCGACAUGACGCAUAAUCCGCCCUCGUUGUUGGAGUUGGCAGCGCGCGUCGUCAAGACUCGCGACAUUUGCUAUGAUAAUGAGAGUAUACCGCUUAACCUAGUGCAGUAUCUCAAUAGCGCCCAUCAUUGCGUUAAUCCUAAAUGUAAAGGUGUUUUCUUCAACAAUCGCGUGGAGCAUAUCAAAUUUGUCGAUUUUUGCGGCAAGUAUCGCUUACCGCUAUUGCAAUACUUGUGUAGUAGCAAAUGUAUCGAGCCACGCGACAACGCCGAAGAAUUCGUGAGUGGUGCUAUGAUAAGGAAGGUCCUUCUUGGCUGAUGAAAGAAAUCUUAUAUUUUUCUGUACUGCUUGAAAGCUACUUUUCAUUAUCAUUUUCUUUCGUUUAAUGAAAAUAAUCUUCAAUUUGUAAAAAUUGCUGUUGAUCCGCGAUGUAUUGUAAACUUGGCAUUUAAAGAAUAGUGAAAGCAAAAGAAUAGUGGAUUUUGUAGGAACCAUUUGUAAAACACAUUGUGUUACACAUUAUAUAAGCUUAUAUAGAGAUGUGUGAUGUGUUUUACAUGUGUCUUUUUUUCCGUAUCAAAUGUAUAUUAUAGCAAAUGAUGUAUAUUAGCGAUGAUAUUAGGUGCAAUUUGAGAUAAAAACUGAUAAAUAUGGCUUGAUAUAAUAAA